AUGAUUGGAGCCUUGUUUGUUGUUGCUGCUGGCUACUCAUCCCACGCUCCUUCCUCCUCCCACUCGAUCCCAUCGCUCUCCCCGUCGUCUCAUCCCAUUUACAGACUCAUCUCCCUCCUCCCCAUCUUCUACCUUCACACCAUCUUUCCCCUCCUCCUCUCAUCUGCCUUCAGCAUCGUCGUCGCCACCUUCUUCUUCACUUGGCUGACCACUUUCAAGCUCCUCUUCUUCACUUUCAAUCACGGCCCACUUUACCCACCAAAAUCCCUCAUUCAAUUCAUCGUCGUCGCUUCCUUUCCUGUCAAAAUUAAACCCAAAUUUUUCAACCCUAAAAAGAAAUCGAGUUUUUCGUUUCGAACGCCGUCGUCAGAGCCGUACCUGUCGACCUCCUUACAAGACUUCUGGGGUCAUCGAUGGAACCUCAUGGUAACAAAUAGCCUGCGACAUACAAUAUACAAACCCUUGAAAUCUGUUCUUCCAGCGAAGGAUUGGACGACUGCGACGGCGGUCAUGGCGACUUUUAUCGUCUCCGGUUUGAUGUACGAAUUACUGUUUUACUAUGUGAUACCUGUGAGUCCCACGUGGGAGAUGGUGUUUUUUGUGCUCCAUGGGAUCUGUCUCAUCGUGGAGCUAAAGGGGAAGAGAGUAAUGGCCGGAAAAUUUGAAUUGCCGAUGGUGGUUGCAAGGUUGUUGACGGUGGGGUUAAAAUGGUAA